UCCGCGUCUCGACCUCAAUAUUCAGCUUCAUUCUUAUCCUCACACGCACGACCCCUCCAAAUUCUGACACCAGUUGGCGAUUCUUUUCCAAGCAAGCUCUCGAUGCCACGCCCCGGACGGCCAGGGCGUUCAAGGCGCUCUGAGUCCGUCGAUCACGACUCUGUUCAUUAUGUCAAGGAGAGCGCAGCCCUGACGUCGGUCGAACUCGGCCCCGACGAGGGCGAAUGGCCCUGUUUUGUCCUCUCGGACGCUAUUAUUUAUCGGAAAGAUGGCAAAACACUCGCCAACCCCCUCAUGGUUCAUUCAGAAGGACCUUUGGUGAUUCGCGGAUUGCUUGAAAUCGACGAAGAAACCAAGAAAUGUGUCAAAAUUCCCGUGGUCAAGGGUGUACAUCUCGAAAUCACAGACUCAACCAAGUACUCCAUUAGUGAUGAGCCGUUCGCCCUCUGGGUGUCCGGUACUUCUGGUUGGUUCGAAAUCCAACCAUCCAGGAAGUACCUUCCUAUGUAUCGGGAAGUGGCCGAAGCAGCAAACCUUUACUAUCGUGUCUUUGUUGCCCACGACGAUCACCAUAAGUUGGUCAAGCUCUGCAAGAAAAGCGGAAGAAAGCAGCCGCCCCCGUUGUCUCUCGACCAGAUCUUUCUGCAUUAUGCUGUCAAGAUUGGAAGCGGCAUUGUGAGGGACGAGGUGGAGGCUCUGUGCGACAAGUGGGCCGAGUUCUUCAUCUCGCACUUUAAGAAAGAGAACCAGCUCGACUGGAAGCCGACACAAUUUGCGCAGUGGCUCAUUUCGAAGCACCCGGCAAGUAUAACGUUCUAUGAGCUUGAAAAACGGGUUGAGGACGCAGCUAAGGGGCUGCCCAUUCCGGUGCCUCCCCCUCCUCAGCUGGAGGACUCCGAAGACGAGGUCCUUCGGAUGAGAAGGAAGAGCAAAGCGGUUAGCCAAGGUCAAGAUGUUGACAUGGUCGAAGUUGCCCCUACCCGCUCGCAGAAAUUGCCGAGCAGACCCAUUUCGCAGUCUCAGUCAAGGCCAGUAGAAAGUCCGGUACCACUGCCGGAAAAGUACUUGAACAUCGGAAAGCCGACGUCAGCCACGCCCCAGCCACUGCCGCAGGCCCCAGCACAGUCGGCCUCUCCUGCUGCCCAGGCAGUUCCCGAUUCUCCGGUUGAUCGGCUUCUGGGAAUCCUUGAUGAGGUGGUUCAAGAUAGCCCAGAUUUACAUGCUAGGGCGCCAUCAACGAUUUUCAAUAUGGUCUAUUUCAAAGCUAAGAUCAAGGACUAUCAUGGAUCCCGUGAGAUUCUCUCUUAUUACGCCAAAGACUUGUUCCCACGGCUGGACCCGAACAUCUGGGCCGGGACCCCCUUCCAUACGUGGCUCGAGGCAACGUCGCGAAACUGGGACGGGCAGCUUUUGCACGUCAGGGAGGAGGAAAUCCCCUCACAGAUGUAUCGCAGAGGCAGGAUGGGACCCAGAGCCCCGAGGGCACCACAGCAGCCCUCCGCCCCAACUACUUCGAAUCGUAACGUCGUCUCUGGGAAGCGGUCGACGCUGAGGCCAGGGCCAUCGUCGAAGAAGCGGCCAGCUAGCGAUUUGUACGAAGACGAGGAUGAAUACGACAGCCGGGGUGGGAAGCGCAGUUUCACCCAGUCUUUCGAAGGGGAUAAUUUGGAUCACGAUGACGACGAUGAAGACAGCGACGAUUCUGUCGAAACGGAGGUAAAUUCACAACUGGCAACCCCGGACGACCCUGCAUCCCUCCUGCCUCUGCCAGCAGGUGCUUCUCGCAUUGUGAUCCAAGCCGAACGUCUCCCAACUUUGUCACCAUCAGGGCCAAACGGCUCGUGGGUCUGUCCAAACGAGGAAUGCGGCUAUGUAGUCCGCUCGGCCGACGAGCCCGGCGCACAAGAGAUCAUCGAGGAGCACUUCCGGGCUCAUGAAUACAACACGCAGAAAAUUGACCUGGCACUGACGGAGGGGAGGAGGGGCCAUUUGCCUAUUGAUAAUCUGCUAGCAAAGAUUCGAGAGAAGGGGAAAGAGUCGUUGAAGAAGAAGAGGGGGGUGUUGGGCGGUAAGGACAACAAGCCGGACGAGAAGGCCCAGGUGUUUAGGGAUAGGGUGAAGACAAGGUUGCUGGUUUGAGUUGGUUUGGAUUCUUGGGUUGUUUUUUUGGUGUUUUUUUUUUGGAUGUUUUAUGGGAUGAAUUGGGUGGGAUAUGGUCUUAUGAUAUUCUGGGAGACAUUUUGCAGAGGAUUUGAGCUCAUCAGAGGAUACGGGACAUUUGGGCUUGAGUGGUUGGGGGUUAAUUUCUUCAGGUUCGCAAAUCACCACAAUGGCGUUGACGGGGCAGAGCGAAUGGACAUGGCAGAGUGCUUUGGGGGUUGUGAGGUUGGUUUCUGUAUUGUUAUUGCUCUUUUGACACUGUCGGGAUUGGUUGGGGGUUACUGGGUGUGUUAAAUCGUG